GGAGUGCCCUGUGAGAGCAGGGGACGGACCGAACGAACGAACGAACACUCUCUAUAACUAAUCGCUCGUGACGCUUCGUCGUCUGUCCGAAUGUCCGUCCCAAAAUCGGCCGACAAGCCGCACACACAGCGCUUCCGUUUUCCGUUCUCUUUUUCGCCUCGUGGUGGUGACGACGAAGACGCGAGCUGCUCCGACACGGCUGCGUCCUCCUGUGAACACGCGUUUCUACUUGCCCGGCAAGACAGAACCAUCCGCCGCGCCGCCGUCGAGUAACACAGUUUUCGCUCAGUGCCCGCUCGCAGUGCCCGCUCUCGGAUGAUCAUCGUUCCACGCCUCGCGUCGCCCGCUGGACCCGUCUGGACGCUAACGCCGGACAAUCGUACCCGCUGACCAGUGUCUCCUCGAGCGUGUGCCACGGGAAAGUCAUGUGGUCGCCGCUCGGAUCCCCUGGCCAGGACUCAAAGACACCCUGAUGGCAGUCACCGUUCCGGCGACAGACCGCGAUCGCUCGCCGCCACUAGACACCGCUCCGUUAUUCCCGUGCUUGGCGCCGCUUCGCCGUUGCCGGGAGUAGUACCAGGCUGACAUUUUUCAGUGAGAGAGUGCAGUGCGUGCAAGGUGCGCGGUUUUGGUGACACGAUUCUUCGUUGUUUCCGCCGCGAGACUGAACCGCUCCGAAAGGAUCCGCUGUUGCUGCUGACCGUCGACGACCGCGAGUCGAGCUGCUCCGAAAUGUCAGCGUACGCGCAGUUCGGGUACUCGUAUCCGUCGGCGUCCCAGCUGCUGGUGAGCGGUGGACAGCCGACGACGGCGACGUCGCCGGCGAUGUCGUCGGGGGGUGCGUUGAGCCCAGGUGCGUUGUCUCCGUCGUCGUCGACGACGACGGGAGCCGCGGCUGCAGCGGCCUCCGGAGGUGCGAGCACCCCUGUUGGUGGGACCACAGGUCCAGGUUGCUGCGAAAAUGGCAGGCCCAUGAUGACGGACCCGGUAACCGGGCAAACGGUUUGCAGUUGUCAGUAUGAUAGCGCGGCGAGGCUCGCGCUGGGCGCCUACCCUAGGCUAGCACCCACAGCGACCUCCUAUUCUUCGUACCCCACGCCCACGCCAUCCACCACUGAUCAAGGACCCUAUCCUAGCAUCAGCAUGGACAGCUCGGCGUUCUAUCCUCCUUUGGGAAAUCCGUACGGAUUGAAGGACACGACGGGGAUGGGCAUGACGGCGGAUAUGGGUGCUGCAUGGGGCACGGCCGCCCUUCAACCUGCUGCCACGGGUUACUACCCCUACGAUCCAACCCUGGCCGCCUACGGAUAUGGCGCCGGAUACGACUUGGCAGCGCGGCGGAAGAACGCGACGAGGGAGUCGACGGCGACCUUGAAGGCCUGGCUGAACGAGCACAAGAAGAACCCGUACCCGACGAAGGGCGAGAAAAUCAUGCUCGCGAUCAUCACGAAGAUGACGCUGACGCAGGUCUCGACUUGGUUCGCCAACGCGCGACGGCGCCUCAAGAAAGAGAACAAGAUGACAUGGGAGCCGAAGAACAAGACGGACGAUGACGACGACGCGGUUCUCACGGACUCGGAGGAUAACAAGGAGAAGGACGACCUAGCGGGGGACAAUCAGGGCGACAGGGUCGGCGAGGAGGCGAGGAGGGGCCUCGAAGAGAAUGAGCCGAUGAGGCACGUGAAGGCGGAGCACUUGCAGCACGAGAAGGACCUGGACGACGAGGACGACCUGGACCUGGAGGAGGACCCGCGGCGGAGCGAGCAUCCCUUUCAUCACGCGAUGCAGCACCACCACCACCAUCACCAAGGCUACGCCGGCGAGGACCACCUCAAGGACGAGGGCAUAAAGUCCGACUGCAGCGCGGCCGGGGUACCGAUCCCGGCCACCAAGCCGAAGAUCUGGUCCCUGGCGGACACGGCCGCCUGCAAAACGCCGCCGCCACCCUCCCACCCCCAUCAUCAACAGUACCACCACCUGCACCAUCAACAGCACUACGGCCAGCAGCAACAUCACCUGCCGAACCAAGGCCACCACCAUCAUUCCCAGCAACCUUGGCUCGGCUCCGCAGGCGGCGGCGGUAACACCGGCGCCGGGGGCGGCGGAGGGAACCUGAGCUCGUUCGCUUUACCAUCGUCCGCCUCCAUGAGCCCCUCGGCGGCGGCAACCGCCCCCUAUUCGAGCGCUGCAACGAGGUACGGCGGGUUCUUGUCGUCCUCGUCCGGCGGGCAGCUGCAUUACAACCCGAAUUCCUCGUCCGGAUCGAGCUCGAGCGCGUCCUCCUCGGCGGCGGCGGGGUUUCCCGAGGUUGGUACGGACACUCCACCCCAGACACCGCCCAACAUGAAGGUGGCUACACCGAAUGGAGUGAUCCAGGCGCCGCCGGCCGGAUACUGUACCACUGGCAACGGCAACACCACGACCAACGGUAAUCCCAACCCGUACGCGGCUAGCCACCCGGCCACCGGGUACCUGUCCACGAGCUCCGGCUCCGCAAGCAGCGCGUCCUCCUUCAGCUCCAGGCUGCAGGCCUCCCCGCACAAGGACUUCUCGUCCGCGGGACAGAACUCGAUCCUGCACCAGCACCAAACCACUGCCAGCCUGCCGCCCACGGAGGCCACCACUGCGUUCAAACCGUUCUACAAGGGAUCGCAGUCGAUGGGCAGUGGUUUCGUCUCGCCGGUGUAAGGCCUGCAGGAUCAACGUCGGAUCACCGUCGCGUCCCCCGAGGAUUAAGCCGUGGCGCGAACGACUGUCCCACGACCGGACUGUAAAUACUCGCUCCUGAGAGGUCCUGGGAUUUAUUAGCGUCGCCUCGGGAGGACCAGGGAGAGGGGCAGACGAGAGUGUGGCAAAGAGGGAGAGAGAUGCAGCUAGAUGAGGACGAGGGAGGGAGAGAGAGAGAGAGCCAGCUAGAUGGUAAAAAGAAAGAGAGGGGAAAAGUGAGAGGAGGAAUGGAAGUCGACUUGAGGAGUGCCGUGAAAAAGCCGAAUGGAGGACGAACGGGGAGGAGGGAGCAGAAUCAUCGGGGGUUCCACGGGAUACAUAAAUCGCGUCUGGCCGCAAGGUGCGACUGCGAGGGAGGAGCGCGGGGAGGCCGCGAGCGGCGGAGAGCUUAGAGGAGAUUUAGGAAUUAGGGGAAUUACGUCCGAGUGCCUGCUUACGCGCGAGUCGUAAGGCGAAGACUCUGGGAGAGGAAGCAGACGUGCACCGAAUCGCGUCUCAGACUCCGGGAUUCGAGAGUUUCCACCCCCGCUGGCUGGCUUCCCCGCCUCGCCCAUUCCCCUCGGACCCCUCGACCCGCGUCCCACAAGUUCGAGGAGCUUAUUAGUCAAUCGAGAUUCCGUCGACGACUGGUCUUCGGGCUGUACAUAGAGAGGUAGACUCGUAUACGAGGCCCAAGGAUCGUUCGAGCUCCGAUCGAUCCUUGUUUUGUACAUACCUUCGAGGGGUUGGAUCCCGAGGUUCCAACCCGAAUGGCUGUCCCCGGACAGGUGCGAGCCCCUCGCGACUUCCGGGGCGCCGGAAACCAUGGGCAACGUGCAAACUGGUAGCUAUCGCAGGAUCCUGUUCCUUUGAUCCUCGAGGUCGAGAGUGCGACUCGGAUUGGGGACGACGAAAAGACACUCUACCCUAGCACUGAUCGUACCGAUGGACAGGCCCCCCGAUCCUGGGGGUUUUCAUCGUUCGCCGAGCUAUUAUAUCGUCUGCUUCUCGAAAGGAGAGACCAGAGAUUCGCUGACGAUACGUGUCUCUGCUGCUGCUGUUUGUGGUUCGUCGGAUCAGACGAGUCAGUAAGUACAACCAUUCGACAGGGAAUAAUUACACGAUAGUACACCGUAAACAAAUUUCGAUCGGUUAACUCUUUCAUCGAACUGAAAUAAGUCGAACACAUUCGCUGUGAAAUGCAACGAAAAACGUGUUACAAAUUAUAAAAUAAUUGCGAUCUCCGCUAAAUCGAAAGUAAUAAACAUUGAAGAAGUACAUCUGUUUUAA